GUAACUUACAAUGUGACUGGAUUCAUUGAGAAGAACAACGACCUGCUCUUUCGAGACCUGUCACAAGCCAUGUGGAAGGCCAAGCAUGCCCUAUUACGCAGCCUCUUCCCUGAAGGUGACCCCCAAAAAGCCUCACUCAAGCGCCCACCUACAGCCGGUUCUCAGUUCAAAGCCUCUGUGUUCACCCUCAUGAAAAACCUCUAUUCCAAGAAUCCCAAUUAUAUCAGGUGUAUCAAGCCUAACGAUAACAAGAGGCCGGCUGUUUUCACCGAUGGGCUGGUCCGAGCACAGGUGCGCUACCUUGGGCUGUUGGAAAAUGUGCAGGUCCGGCGGGCUGGCUAUGCCUUUAGGCAGGCUUAUGAGCCAUGCUUGGAACGUUAUAAGAUACUCUGCAAGGAGACCUGGCCACAUUGGAAAGGAAGUGGAAGGGAUGGUGUUCAAAGUGUCCUGAGCAGUUUGUCCAUUGACCCCAAAGAAUUGGCCUAUGGACACACCAAGAUUUUCAUCCGAAGCCCAUCCACGCUUUUUGAUCUGGAGAGGAGACGCCAGCAGCGAGUACAGGAGUUGGCUGCCUUAAUCCAAGCAGCUUUCCGGGCAUGGAAGUGUCGUAAGAAUUACCAAGAGAUGCGCAGGAGCCAGAUCCUUAUUUCGGCUUGGUUUCGGGGCCAAAGAGAAAGGAAGAAAUACUUAAAAAUGAAAAUGUCGGCUAUUCUUAUUCAGGCCUAUAUCCGAAGUUGGAAGUCUCGUAAACUCCUGCGAGAGUUAAGGCAACAGAAAUGUCGUGCUCAGGCUGCCACCACCAUUUCUGCUUACUGGAAAGGUUACCAGACAAGGAAGGAGUAUAAGAAAUAUCUCCGCUCUGGGGCCUCUGACCGUAUUGCCAAUUUUGUUUACCGAAGACUGGUACAAAAAUUCUUCCUGGGCCUGAAGGACAACCUCCCUUCCAUGUCAGUGAUAAACCACAAUUGGCCUCCAGCCCCAUACAAAUUUCUCACAAAUGCCAAUGAAGAAUUGAAGAAAAUAUUCCACCACUGGAGGUGUAAGAAGUAUCGAGAGCACCUUCCCCCAAAGGAUAAAGAAGCCUUGCAGGACAAGUUGUGUGCCAGUGAACUUUUUAAGGGGAAGAAAAGUUUGUACCCUAAGAGCCUCCCCCAGCCUUUCCGAGGGGAAUACCUUGAGUUGAAGGAGAACCCCAAAUACCGUAAGCUCCAAACCACUGUCAAUGACAAGCUAGUGAUGGCCGACCACGUGAAGAAAAUCAACCGAGGCGAUGGAAAGACAUCUUCUCGGAUACUCCUUCUCACAAAGAGCCACAUCAUCCUGGCUGAUCUCAAGGCUGCUCAACCCAAAACAGCGAUCGCCUUGAAUGACAUUGAAAGUGUUUCUGUCAGUUGCUAUUCAGAUGGGCUUCUUGUUCUGCACAUUAGAGAGCCUUCCACAGCGGACACCAAAGGGGACUUCCUCCUUAUUAGUGACCACGUGAUUGAACUGGUUACCCGGCUUCACCAGACCAUGCUGGAGGCUACAAAGCAAAAACUGAAACUCCAAGUGGCUGAUGAAUUUCUCAUAAAAUUUAAACAAAACAACAUCACUGUCAAACUUGUGAAGACAGAUGAGACACAAGGCACAGCUCCUGUUUGCAGGAAGAAAGGCAGCCAUAGGAUGGAGGUGUUGGUCCAUUAAAGUGAAAUUAUUGCUGAUUCAAAGGCAGCUACAUUGGACUUUUAGGGACUCUGGAGCUGAGAAUAUGAUUUAGACUUGACACAUUACAGGCAUAGGUGCCUUCUAGGUGUCUCAUCAGGAUGUUUACAGCAUGGAGAAACAUGAAUUGCAUACAUUCCAAGGCCAAUCAAUGCAUUUGCAGAAGGUGUAAAUGGCACCUUCCAUUGUCUUGUCAAGAUCUUCAGAAAUGGCUUCUUUCUUUAGAUGCUUUAAGUGGAAAAUUUGGGGAGAAUGUCAAUUAAAAACAAACAAAUCAAAUGAAAUGUCAACUCUGUUUUGAUUUAAGCCACUUCGGAAGGCUAUACCAUCUUUAGGGACACCAAAGAAUCUAAAGCCUGAAUUUGGCUAUAGAGGACAACUUUAUUUUGAGCUAUCUGAAUAAUCUCCACACCAUUUUGAAAUUUCUUUUGCUUCUCUCCAGAGAUAUCCAACAGGGCAAGUGGCAAAGUCUCAUUUAUUUAUUUAUUUUGAUCACACUAGAUCUCUGCUCUAAUUUAAUUUUAAAAUGAAUGGGAUACUAGCACACUAAAAAGCAAAUCACUAAUUGCACACAUACAUUACUUCCAACAAUGCUCUGGGUAGAAACAGUUUUAGAAAGUGAAAUGGUGCAUAGGUAAAAAUAAAGGUAAAGGUUUCCCCUGUCCAGUCAAAUCCGAC